AUGGCCAGCCUGGGCAAUCGUGACAUCAGGGGCGAAGACCAGACGAACGAAGUCGAUGAACAGAGGGAGCGAGCCCGCGAUGAAGGCGUAGGAGGAGGCGGAGAGGAGGAGGAGAUGGACGAGCUCGGCGGCGGGCGGGAGCCGGACCGGCGCGGACGCGAGAUCGACCUCGAGGCCGACGGCGACUCCGACCACGGGAAGGAGCUGCUGCAGGCCGAAGAGCUGUUCGGCGUGGACGAGGAGCACCUGGGCGACAUCGUCAGCAAGUACGCCAAGAUCCACCAGCCGGUGCCGUUCUCGUCGCAGACGCCCAAGUGGCGGCUCAACCUGGAGUGGCACAACAUCAACUACAAGGUGGUGAUCCCGCUGCCGCCCAAGAGCUUCAUCGCGCGGAUGCUGCUGAAGCUGCCCAUCCCGGCCAGCAUCACCAACCGGUUCAAGAAGAAGCGGGAGAUUCCCAUUCUCAACAACGUGUCGGGGCACGUGCACGCCGGCCAGGUCGUCGCCAUCAUGGGUCCCACCGGCUCGGGCAAGACGACGCUGCUGAACGUGCUGGCGCAGCGCAUCAAGUCGAACGUGACGGGCGAGGUGCUGGUCAACGGCGAGGUGGUCAAGGGCCGCCGGUUCAAGCGCCGGAUGGCCUACGUGCUGCAGGACGACAUCUUCUUCCCCAAGAUCACCGUGCGCAACACCGUGCGCGACGCGGCCUAUCUCAAGCUGCCCAAGAAGAUGUCGUGGAAGGAGAAACGGGAGAAGGUCGAAGACGUGAUCACUGAGAUGGGUCUCCAGCGGUGCUCUAACACAAUCGUCGGCGGCGCCUGGGUGAGAGGCGUGUCGGGCGGUGAGCGAAAGCGAACAAACAUUGCGACGGAGAUUGUGAGCAACCCGUCGCUGAUCUUCCUGGACGAGCCCACGUCGGGCCUCGACGCCGCGACGUCGCUCGGGCUCAUCGUGUCGCUCAAGACGCUGGCCAAGAGCGGCCACACGGUGGUGACCACCAUCCACCAGCCGUCGUCGGCCAUGUUCAUGAUGUUCGACAAGGUGCUCCUCAUGGCCGAGGGCGGCUGGGUCGUCUACUCGGGCAGCGCACGCGAGAUCAUGAACUACUUCAACUCCCUCGGCCUCUACGCCCCUUCGACCUACAACCCCGCUGAUUUCGCACUGGAGGUUGUGAGUUCAAACCAAAAGAUCAAGGACGGGCGGACGGUGCGGCAGCUGCUGAUCGACACCUACGCCGAGAACGAGAAGAAGGACCGGGAGGAGGGACACGGCGGCCACGCCGGCAACAACGGUCAGCAGUCGCUGGAGACCGACAACGCCGAACUCGAGAAGGCCUCGAUCAGGGACAUGAAGAAGGGCAAGAAGUUUCCGACGCCGUUCUACCAGCAGACCUACGUCCUGGCCAAGCGCACCUUCAUCCAGCGACGGGGAGACCUGUUGGGCUGGGACCGCAUCAUCCAAGUCGCCAUUAUCUCCGUCCUCGCCGGCCUACUGUGGAUCAGGCGUGACACCACCGAGGACCAAAUCGCCGACCGAACUGGUUUCUUGUUCUUCAGCACGAUGUUCUGGAUCAUGAACACUUGGUUCAACGCCCUCUACGCCUUCCCUCCCGAGCGAGCAGUGCUAAACAAGGAACGAGCGACAGGGUCGUAUCGACUGUCGGCCUACUUUAUGGGCAAAGUCGUCGCCGAAACGCCGCUCGAACUCGUGCUCCCCAUCGUCUUUGCCUGCAUCACUGGCAUCGGCCUGCUGAUCGGUGCCACGGUGCUCGACGUCAAGAAGGCCCUGACGGCGUCGAUCAUCCUCGUGCUGGGCUCCGUCCUGCUCGGUGGCUUCUUCAUCGCCCAGGAGAACCUGCGCGUGUGGAUUCGGUGGGCGCGCUGGACCUCGUUCAUGAAGUACACCUACGAGCUCAUGCUGCUCAACGAGUUCGACCUGGGCGAUCAGAACUACACGCCCUCGACGCCGUCCACCUUCAGCUCCAACCCGAUCACGGGCAACGACAUCCUCAACCGACUCAACGUAGAGACCGAGAUCUGGGCCGACAUCAUUUUCAUUGUCGGAGUGAUCAUCCUCACGCGUUUCUUGGCCUACCUGUCGCUCCGCUUCCUCAACAAGCCCAAGUCCUAA